CAUUACCACAUAAUGACCACAUAGCUAACAAAAUCAAAUAUAAGCUGGGCCAGGCCCAAUAACCUUCCGUUUCAGACGUAGCUAUCCCGAUUCGUCCCAGCGACUGUGCCCUAGCGUUUGAGCAAUGGCCUCACUGGACUCUGACGUCACCAUGGUCCCCGUCGGCGAGCCUUCCGGCAGCGCCGGUCCUUCCUCCUCCUCCUCCUGCAAGAAGCCUAAGCGCUUUGAAAUCAAGAAGUGGAACGCUGUUGCCCUUUGGGCUUGGGAUAUUGUUGUUGAUAACUGUGCGAUCUGCCGGAACCAUAUUAUGGAUCUAUGCAUCGAGUGUCAAGCUAACCAAGCUAGUGCCACGAGCGAGGAAUGCACCGUAGCUUGGGGGGUUUGCAAUCAUGCAUUUCACUUCCACUGCAUCAGCCGAUGGCUCAAGACCCGUCAAGUGUGCCCGCUGGGUAUGUCGUUUUGGCAACUCCAAAUCCCCUUCCAUGCCUUUAUUAUGUCCACAUUUUUAGCUUUUCUUAUUUUCUUUCUGCUUGUUUUAUUGUGUCCACACAGAUAACAGCGAAUGGGAGUUCCAGAAGUACGGUCAUUAGAGUCCUUUCUGUGGUUGUGCAGUUGGACCCUGUAUUCAACUUCUGCUUCAGUGAUGUGAAGAAAUUGCUAUCCAAGUCCUGGAUUUCUAUCUCUCUAAAUCUAAGUUGUUUUUGUUAAUGCAACUAAGUUUUAAAAUUCUCAAGAAGCAUUUGGUUGUCUAACCCUGAAUUCAGAAUUGGACAUGCACCAGAGUGCAGUAUACGAAGUGUAGUAUGUUUAUUUGAACAUUAUGCAGCAAGCCAGAUUGUUUUCCA